UACGAGCCGAUUAUAGACACGUGCAUGUGUGUACGAUUGAGUACAUUUCAAAUCAGUUUAGUAGAUGAAAAAUGUCGUUCAACGAGCUUGAUCUAUUUGAACAGCGAGCAUCACUUGCGGAAGACGUAAUAAAUGGUCUUAAAAAGGAGCUCAAUUCACUAUACGCUCUUUUAAAAUGUGGAAACAUCCAAGGGAAUAAUGAAGACGAUGGUCAAACUGUAAGCCAGGCUGAUUUUGAGAAAUUGAAGAAAGAAAACGAAAAGCUCAAGUAUAGGAUAGAAAUCCUGAAAAAAACUCUGUGUGAAUUCAAGGCCAAACAUAUUGCACUCACCACUGACAUGUCCAACUGCAGCAGUAUGAUUAGUAUUCAAAAUACACUGUCCUCUUUAUUUGAAAAAGCCAUCAGCGAGGUGUUCCCAGAUCUGACUGAUCCACCAGUUGACAUUUCGAUGAGUAACAACCCAAAAUUUGGCGAUUACCAGUGCAACAGUGCUCUUCCUAUUUGUAAAUUACUCUCAACAGUUGAUAAAACUACAGAAAAGAAGAAGAUUAGUCCUAAAGACAUUGCUGAAAAAAUUGCAGCCAAAGUUGCAUCAUCCAGCAUGAUCGAUAAAUUAGAUGUUGCUGUUAAUGGUUUCAUAAACAUUUACCUGAAACGUGAAUUUGGACAAAAUGUUUUCAGAAAUGUAUUGAAAAGUGAAAAAGUUUCUGUUGCUCCCUUGAUUAGAAAGCGCAAAGUUAUUAUUGAUUUCUCUAGCCCAAAUGUUGCCAAAGAAAUGCAUGUUGGCCACUUGAGGUCAACUAUAAUUGGCGAUAGUAUUGCCAGGUUGUUGGAGUAUCUUGGUCACGAUGUAUUAAGGUUGAAUCACGUUGGAGACUGGGGAACGCAAUUUGGAAUGUUGAUUACUCAUCUUGAAGAUCAAUUCCCCAAUUAUUGUACAGAAUCGCCACCUAUUUCAGAUCUCCAGGCAUUUUACAAGGAGUCAAAACUAUUGUUUGAUACUGAUGAAGAAUUUAAAAAGAGGGCAUAUGCAAACGUAGUAAAAUUACAAGCUCACGAUCCCAAAAUCAUGCAAGCCUGGAAGUUAAUUUGCGAUGUAUCGAGGAAAGAGUUUCAAAGUAUAUAUAAUCGCCUGGACAUCCAAUUGGUCGAGAGGGGCGAAUCAUUCUACCAGAAACACAUGGAAGACAUAGUCAAAGUAUUAGAAGAAGAGGGUUUCCUGGAAGAAGACGAGGGGCGUAAAAUCAUGUGGGGACAAACGAAAGAUGGAAUCCCAUUGACUAUUGUGAAGCGCGACGGUGGUUUUACCUAUGAUACGUCGGAUAUGGCCGCUAUUAGACACCGCAUCUUCGAGGAAAAAGGCGAAUGGUUGAUAUACGUUGUAGAUUCUGGGCAAGCCGUUCAUUUCCAAACAAUUGAGAGUUGUGCGAAAAGAGCCAGAAUCCUUUUGAGCUUUCACAAGAUGGAUUUCGUAGGUUUCGGCGUGGUUCUUGGAGAGGAUAAGAAAAAAUUUAAAACUCGCUCCGGAGACACCGUUAAACUCAGUGAAUUGCUUGAUGAAGGUUUGAAACGAGCGGAAGAGAAACUCAAAGAAAAGGAACGCGAAAAAGUGCUGACGGAGGAAGAGUUCAAUCGAGCUAAAGAAUCGGUGGCUUACGGCUGCAUCAAGUAUGCCGAUCUCUGCCAUGAUCGAAACAAGGAGUACAUAUUCUCGUUCGACAGAAUGCUGUCGGACAAGGGAAACACGGCGGUCUACCUGUUGUACGCAUUGACUAGGAUCCGAUCGAUCGCCAGAAUGGCCAACGUAUCGCGCGAACAGGUCAAACAGGCGAUCGAAAGCACUCCAAUUUCGCUGGACCACGAAAAGGAGUGGAAGCUCGCUAAGGUGCUGCUCAGGUUUCCCGAUGUCAUCAUGAAAGUCACCAAGGAUCUGUCCCUCCACAAUCUCUGUGAUUUCUGCUACGAGGUCGCUUGUACGUUCUCUGAAUUCUAUGAUAACUGCUACUGCGUAGAAAAGAAUCAAGCAGGAGAAAUCGUUAAAGUAAAUAUGGGGCGAAUACUGCUAACAGAGGUGACGGCAAUGAUGUUGGAACAGUGCUUUUCGUUGCUGGGUUUGAAACCCGUUGAAAAAAUGUAAGAAAAAAAAAAUUUUUUUUUAAGUGCAGCAACCUAGAAAAACUGAUUGUCCAAGGUUUUUUGACUUGCGAUUUUAAUACAUUUUUUUUCAUGAAUAACAAUAUUUUUUACAUUAACAUUCUUUUAAAUUUUUUUAUUCGUAUUCAUGAAAAAAAAAAAAAAAAAAAAGAUCAAUCAGAACUGUAUUUUGUAACAAUUAUUGUGUAAUAAUACGCCAGAGGCUUUUUGCAAAUAAAUUAUCUCUUGACAGAA